AUGGCUGAAGAAUCGAACCCCCCAGCUCCUCCUGCGGGAGACAAUGCCGCUGCCGCCACCGCCGACGCUGCCGGCCCAUCGAAGAAGGCCGCCAAGAAGGCCGAGGCCAAGGCCAAGAAAGAAGCUCUGAAGGCCCAGCGAGCUGCCGAGCGAAUCGCCGUUGCCGCAACCUCCAACGAGCCCGAAGAAGACCCCGCCAAAGACUACUAUGGCGCUGCCACUCCCGCCUUGCUCUCGUCGUUCCCGGCCGGUGUCGAAUAUGUCCACCUCAAGGAUAUCAACGAGUCUCAUCUUGGAAAGACGGUCGUCAUCCGGGCGUGGCUGCAGAACACGCGCAUGCAGGGCGCCAAGAUGGCCUUUGUCGAGCUGCGCGAGGAGGGUAACUGGGCCAUCCAGGGCAUCGUUAGCGCCACGGCCGAGAAUAAGGCGGAGGAUGGAAAGCCUGUCAUUAGCAAGCGCAUGGUCAAGUGGGUGGGCGGCGUCAACCCGGAGAGCUUCGUGACCGUCGAGGCCACGGUCGAGAAGCCCUUUGCGCCCGUCAAGAGCUGCCGUGUGUCUGAUUUCGAGCUGCACAUCACCAAGCUCUAUGUCAUUGCUGCUGCUCCGGCGACUCUUGGCAUGACUCUGGCUGCUGCGAACCGUGCCGUGACCAACUUUAGCGACGAGGAGGCGAAGCCUGAGGAGGGCGCCCAGGAGAAGGAGGCCGAGGGUGGUCCUCCCGCGGCGUCCAUGUUGACUCACUUGGACAACAUUGUCAUGCACAAGCGGUCGCCCGUCCAGCAGGCUAUUGCUGAUAUCCGCGUGGAGGUCAAGCACUUGUUCCGCUCGUACCUGAGGGAGCAUGGAUUCAAGGAGUUUGAGCCGCCGUGCCUCAUCGGAGCUGCUUCCGAAGGCGGCGCCAACGUCUUCUCUAUGCCCUACUUCAACCAGACGGCCUACCUCGCCCAGUCACCACAGUUUUAUAAGCAGUUCGAGAUUGCUGGUGGCCGAAAGCGCGUCUUCAGCAUUGGACCCGUCUUCAGAGCCGAGAACUCCAACACCCCGAGACACAUGACCGAGUUUACCGGUCUUGAUAUGGAGAUGGAGAUCCAGAAAGACUACCACGAGGUCCUUUCUAUGCUGGAGGGCGUCCUGUUGCACAUCUUCCGCGGCAUUGAGAAGAACUGCGCCGCUGAAAUCGAGCUGGUUCGCUCCGUCUAUCCUUCACCCGAGAUCCUCCUCCCCGAACCCGGAAAGGAGUUGCGCUUGACCUUUGCAGAGGCCCAGAAGCUGCUCCGGGAGGAAGGUCCCGAAGAGUUCCGCAACGUUCGCGAUGACGAAGACAUGUCAACACCGCAAGAGAAGGCACUGGGCGCGCUGGUCCGUGAAAAGUACAAGACCGACUUCUUCGCCGUCGACAAAUUCCCCGAAGCCGCGAGACCCUUCUAUGCCAAGGUUGACCCUGCGAGCAAGCCCAACGAGCCAGUAACCAACGCAUUCGACAUGUUCCUGCGUGGACAGGAGAUUCUGUCCGGUGGUGAGCGUAUUGCCGACCCUGAUGAGCUUGAGGCUCGCAUCCGCUUCAAGGGUGUUGAUCCCACCAGCGCCGGUAUCAAAGAAUACAUCCAAGUCUUCCGCGAGGCGGGUGUUCCUCCUCACGGUGGCGGUGGUAUCGGUCUUGACCGUGUUGUCGCUUGGUACCUUGCCCUUCCCAGCGUGCACUUGGCGGCGUAUUACCCCAGAACACCAAAGAGACUGCUGCCAUAA